AUGAACUCAGCUGUCAUUGCCUUUCUCACCUGCCUGCUUGUCCUCUACGUACAAAGACAAUCAGACCACAGUUCUAAUAAAUGCAAGUGAUAACAUGGUUAUGUUGGCCAGAUCAACACAAAGCUCAUCGAGGCAGUGCCAGUUGUACACCACCCAAAUAUCUUCUGUCCACAGACAGAGAUUAUCAUCACAACAACAGCAGAUAAGAGGAAGUGUGUGAAUCCACAGUCACCACUUGGAAAAACCAUUCUGAAAAACAUGAAAAAGCACAGGAAGAAGCUGUGAGCAUGACAAUGACUUCCAGUCAAACUAAUACUCAGAGCUCAACAACUCUCCACACAACAUCCACGCUGUAGAGCUGCUGUAGAGCUGCUGUAGAGAUGGUAUUGUGUGUAUAUAUGAAAUAAAUAAUUUGUAUAUAUAUUGAAUACUUUUUUAGCAUUAAAAAUAAAACCCCUGAUUAUAAUGUUUGUGUUGUGUGUUUUGUUACAGAAACUGAACCCGCGCUUACCUUCACCUCUCAAUAGAAUGUGUUCACACUGUGUUCACAAGAUUACAGAAAACUAGAGCACAGUAGAUGUUAGACCACCAGCUAAAUGUGAUGAAAUCACAUCUGCACUCUAUAUGUUCUAUACUGUACAUUGCCAAAAGUAUGUAGACACCCAAACAUUCCCUCUGUGGGUGUUAGUUGAACAUGUCAACAACAGCAUUGAUGAGGUCCAACACUGAUGUGGGGUGAUGAGGUAGGUCUGCCUCACAGUCGGUGUUGCAGUUCAUCCCGAAGGUGCUGGAUGGGUUGAGGUCUUCACAACAAACUGAAAGAACCAUUUCUGCAAGAGUUUGUUAAAUUUACAGUAUGCGAGCCUACGGUAAUGUGUCAGAUGUUUCAUCAACCUUUUAUAUCUUCUGUUGCUCCAAUCUCAUAUUCAGAAUGUAACUGAGGUCACUGCUUUUUGUAGUGCUGUUUUUAAGCUCAUUUGCUAGCACAAUAAAUUGUGCAAAAAGUAAAUAUUAGCUGGUGCACUCCACUCAUGUCACAGGCUGCCCCAUUGACAUCAUUGAAAUAACUACAUGAUGUGGAAGACUAGCCUCAGUGUAUCUGUGCUCCAUUCUUAGGCCAUUAUUAUUCCUUAUUCAUAUAAAGGAUUUACUAAAUGGAUCCAAAUAGUUCUCCAUUCAGGUUUGCAGAGGGUAUGCUCACUGAUUAAAGAAGACAACUUAAUGAAAAAUCUCACCUGAGACAAGUCUCAACCACUAAAUUUCUUGAAAUUGUCAUCAAUGAGAACUUGAAGGGAACACGUUAUGAUUACGGCGAUAACACUAUAACAAAAUAUAUUAGUGUAAUAUAUUUGUGGAAAACAGUGACUUUUUAUUUACCCUUACUUCUCAUACUGUACCAUAGUACUAAAAACUACAUGCAAAUUUCUCAGCAUCUUACAGUUUACAUGAACGUGUUCCAAAUAUGUACUUUGAUAUAUAAGAUGCAAUAUAGAUCAUUUCAUUUAUGUUGAAGCUAAUGCACUUCUAAAUCUUCAGUCUUCAUCUUCCCUAACACCUGACAAACAGAAAAAAAGUUUUCAAUCAGACACAGAGGUCCUAACUUACAAAACUCUUCUUUCCGUUUCUUAAUGCUAAAACAUUUCUGUACAGUGUAAAUAAGUUUUCUGUUAUUUGGGAAG